AUGUUCCAAUCAUUCACGGGUAACUCUCGCCGUCCGCGGCAGGUUAAUCUCGGAGGUCGCAAUACGAACCCUUUCGCCGCAUUUCCUUCCGGAAGACAACACCCUCAUGGCACAGGGCCCCAGAAUACUCUGGCAGUUGCACAGCAAGAGCGCCUACUAAGGCAACAAGAGAGAGAACGGUUGGGCGCGAUCCGGAUCGUGCAGCGGACAUGGCGGGGUUAUCAAAGUAGGAAGAUAACGUGUGAUGCAUGGCGAGCAGAGUGGGAUGUCACUGAGCAACAGAGGUCACAACUACUCCUAUCAUUCGAUGAAAUAUCCCAUGAUGCUGUACAUACCUCACCUAACUAUGCUACAGCAGCAGAGUGCCUGUCGCAGUUACGACUGUUGGUACAGUUCCUGGAGCCGCGGAACAGUGGUGAUAUCCUCCGACUUGCCUACUUUUCAAAGGCAUUCCAAAAAACCCUACACAAGGUGCCCACCAUUGCGACCGAAGGAGAGUGGACAACGCCUCUGAAGCGGCUGUCAAAGUUGACUUUACGUGUGCUGCAUUUAGCUAUCGGUCCGACAGUGCCGGCGAUUGCUGUGUGGCCUCUUCUCGAGUUACUGAUGUUUUUGACGGACCUUAUCCCGAAGCAAAUGGCUCGCUUGUCUCAAGAGUAUUACUCCGUAAUGGCUUCUCUCACGAUAAAUAUAGACGCAAUCUCCUCAAGGUGUCUUUUAUCGAGAGAUAACCUCGUUCAAACUGUUUUAGCAUUGCUUCGACCGAUAACCGCCGAGACGCUCACUGCCUAUGAAUGGUUUGCAAGGAGUUACUUGACUGUUCCAGAUCUUCCAACGUACCUAGGGACAUUGGAUGGGCUUGCAAACAAUAUUAAUUAUAAAUUGCUGACGUCCGCGUUCGAGUCGUCGCAGUUGCAUUUCAAAGACAGUCCUCAAAACUCCGUUGAUGUCGAUGCUCGCCUCUGGCUGCUUUCGUAUUUUAUAUUCUUCCAUAGGUAUGCUCUGGGAAGCCAGGCCGGAUACCAAGCACCCGAGUCUGGUUUUGUGAAGGUUGUAUCGGACCUACUCAACUCUACUGCUGUGCAUAUAUCGCGGCGUCUGGAAUCCGGGGAGGUCACCGACUUUGACGACUCACCUGAAAGAGCACAACUGCAUCCAUUUAUCAAGGAACAGUUAUUCGGUCUUGUGAACCAGGGAAGUAUAACCGGAUUGCUUUCUGAGUUGCAAUCUAGUCACUUGUCUCAACGUGACCUGGCAGAUUUGCAAUCUGAUGCGUCGCGGGAGGCGAAAAUCCUUGCGACAUACGCUCUCACUCUUCUGAGGGUGUUUCCUCGGCGAGGCGAUGACAUUCGAAUGUGGUUGUAUUUGGGAUCCGCUGUCUCGGAUGAUCAAAUGGCCGGCCAACCUGGGUCGAGAAUACCGGCUAUCAAAUAUUUUUGGCAAGCAUCCAGGUCCAGUAACAUAUUUAAUACAAUAAGCGAAGAUUCAACGAAGGUACUGUCCUUACUGAAACCAGCCAGCGAUACGAAUGACGCUAGGCUACCAACCAUGUCACCCAAAGAGCGUGACGAAGAGUGGAUGAUUAUUCUCCUCUUUCUUGAGCUGUAUACGUUUGUCCUGAAAGUUAUGGAUGAUGAGGAGUUUUUCUCUAGCGGAUCUUCUUUUACUGCUUCUUCAAACACGAGAGUUUCAUGGACCAAGGAGAGCGCUCUUCCUCUGGAAGACAUCAAGGAUAUGACAAUAUUCUUGAAAAACCUGGCAUUUACUCUGUACUGGAACUCGGCAGAUUUGAACGAAGAUGAAACUGUUAAUGACAAUGGAGGGAUUCGGAGUUAUUUUAGCUCCUCUGUUACCCCAUCUGAUACCAUUUCAAGCGUUCGGGAUCUUGAAAUGAAAAAUAAGGAAAAGGGACUAUCUGGCGUGACGGGGAUUCCUCUCGAUUAUUUCAAAGGCCUCGUGACCGGUCUGUUGAGGAUGAUUCAUGAGCGUGAUUCACGACGCAAGUUCCUCCCUGACGGGCACUGGCUGAUGACCAACCGCUUUGACAUGGAAGGUUUUAUCCCCGCUGUUGUGGCGGAAGAAGAGAAUAGACACCAACUGCAGGACGAGGAAGAGGGCAACGAACAAGAUGAUUUAAUGAAUGAUGCUUAUUAUGAACCGUCACUGGGAUUAAUUGGUACAGGACGUGCCCAACAGACCCGGCGAAUCGAGGCUCUUAGACGACGUCAACAACAAGCAGCUCGCAGGAAACAACUGGAGGCGGUGGCUCCCAGACUCGAAAUCCUGAGAAACAUGCCGUUCUUCAUACCUUUUCACACCCGAGUACAAAUAUUUCGAGAAUUCAUUUAUCGUGAUCAGAUGCGCAGACGGCAAGGGUUCAUCGACCCAGAUGCCUGGCGUAUGUCUGUAGCCCAGGUCUCGAUGGGGCGUAUGAUCGAUGGGCGGCCCGCGGUGCAGGAUAUCCUUGGCCGGCAUCAUGCGAACAUCCGGCGCGAGAGAGUGUUCAAAGAUGCAUUUGAUCAGUUCUACGAACUCGGCGAAGGCCUCAAAGAACCUAUUCAGAUUACAUUUAUUGACAAGUUCAACACUCCGGAAGCGGGUAUUGAUGGCGGUGGUGUGACGAAGGAAUUCCUAACUAGCGUCACGAAUGAGGCCUUCAAAUCAAUAAGUGACCUGAGCUUGUUUGAAGAAAACGAGCAACAUCUACUCUACCCGAACCCAGCCGCGGUUGAGCAUCGUCGGGAGCUCUUGAGACAGGGUGGGCUUGCUGAGAACGGCCCAGACUGGAAUGACAAUAUCCGCGAUUUGCUCAGGCGGUAUGAGUUCUUAGGGCGAGUUAUAGGAAAGUGUCUUUACGAGGGUAUCUUGGUUGAUGUGAACUUUGCGCCGUUUUUCCUGCUGAAAUGGGCUUUGACGGGUGGCACGGGCUCGGCACAAAAGGAAACAGCAUAUCGAGCCAACCUGAAUGACCUUAAAGAUCUCGACCAGGGACUAUAUCAGGGAUUGUUGCAAUUGAAAAACUACCCAGGGGAUGUGGAAGACUUUUCUUUGAACUUCACCGUUACUGAUAUCAUACCUCUUUCGAACGGGAGAAGUCGCACGAUUACUCGGGACCUCAAACCCCACGGGUCAGAUAUACCUGUAACAAACCAGAACCGGCUCGUGUAUAUCUCAUAUAUUGCUCGGUACCGCCUACAGGCACAGCCCGCUUUGCAAACGAACGCCUUUCUCCAAGGCUUGGGACAAAUCAUACAGCCUUCGUGGCUGUCGAUGUUCAACCAGUCGGAACUGCAGACCUUGGUUAGUGGCGAAUCAGGGGAUAUAGACGUAUCGGAUUUGAGGCGCAACACUCAAUACGGAGGAGUGUAUACCGUUGGCGACGAUAGGGAAGAGCAUCCGACGAUCCGGCUAUUCUGGGAGGUUAUGCAUAAGAUGACCAACGAGGAGCGACAGAAGGUGCUACGAUUUGUGACGUCCACUCCUAGGGCUCCUCUACUGGGAUUUAGUCACCUGAACCCACGAUUCAGCAUUCGUGAUUCCAGUGAGGAUCAGGAGCGACUUCCUAGUACAAGUACCUGCGUGAACCUUCUGAAGCUGCCUCGUUAUAACAACGCCGACACUCUACGAGAAAAGCUUCUUUAUGCCAUCAACUCUGGCGCCGGGUUUGAUCUUAGUUGA